AUGUAUAAAUUGAUAUCUAAAUUUGCUAAAGGAUUAUCAACUUAAGUCCCUGUGUAUUCAUAUCAUUUCCCUAAUGGUUCAGUUUACAAUAAUCCAGCUGUAACAGCAAAAAGAAUCAUAAAAGUAGUUGGAGAGAGAUUGAGAAAAAUUGACCCAGAAAGAUGGGAAUCAACUCCAAUCACAUUUAAUACAAAUUGGAAUGAUGCUGCAGGUUAUGUUGAUGUUGCAACAUGCAUUCACAUUCAUGAUGCACUAGAAAAAGAAUUUGGAAUCGAAAUUAAAGAUAGAGCAUUUUUAGUGUCAAGUAUUGAAACAGCUUUCUAUAUCGUUAAUAUCCAUCAUGAUAGUCAUUGAGAGUGACAAAUAUAAUGAUAUAAUAAUAAAGAUUAUAAUAAUAGUAUUAAAAUUCAUUAAUGAUAAAA